CGUCGGUGGCAAUUUUCAGAAAAUAAAGGUCGCUACCAGACCGCUGCUUGAAGACCCCCAUCAAAUGUGCACUAACGUUACUUGCAUGGAUGGCACGAGAAGAGUUGAUCGUAUGGUGUACCGAUAUCCAAACAGAGAAAGUGGGUCAUUGUGGCAUGAGAAAUAUCUCAUAACCACUCAUGAUGAAAUAGAUUCCAUGCUCGAAUUCUUGAGGUCCAACAAUCUUUCCAAAGACGAGAUGUUCGUUCACACCGAGGCGGCCAUUGGCGUUGGAGGUCAUUCUGGACACGGUCAAACAUCUAGUAUCCAUGGUGGAGGUGAAUUAUAUGGCGAUCAUCCCUACCAAAGUUACCAUGAUAUUCAUUCCUAUUUUCAGUACCAAGAGCAAGGUGAAGUUCAUCAUCAAUCUUUCCCUUCAUAUGAGGAAGAAGUUCAACCGGACCUCCCCAACCAACCUCAGUACAACUUCCAAUCAGGCAGCGGUAGUUUUCACAACUACCAUUAUGGAGCUGAUGAAGGUGUCUUUCAUGAGCUGGAUCAGAUGGAAGUUGCCCUGCCAGCACCAUUUAGUGACCCUUCAGGGGCGGUCUGGUAAUUUUCCCCUCGCAGAAACCGCUCCCUUCAUAUGCGGUUUGCGAUUCACGAGGCGCUGACCGCUCUUUGCAGGCGCGGUCCCCGAUCCACGACACGGAUCGCUGACCUGGCGUGCGGUCCGCCGUCCGAUCACGCCUUCAUCUAACGGUCUUGAAGACCGUUCCAUAGGAAAAGCACACCGCACCUUCCUAGUGCGGUUUGCGUGCUGACGUGCCAUGGAGCGCACCCCUAAGGUGCGGUUUAUAAGUAAAACGCAGCUGUGGGGUGCGGUUUACUUAUAAAACGUACCUUAGGGGUGCGUUCCAUUAAAAACGGUGCUAUUUAUGUAAAUUUUUUCGGCUAGGUGCUCGUUUUGUAAUUUUUUUUAAACGUGCUAUUAUUGGAAAAAUUCCAAUUUUCUUAGGAUUGAUGGUUCAUUUAUCCAAUCUUCCUCAAGUUCUUGUUGGUUAUAUAUUACUAUUUUAAUAACACUUUGUAUCCUUUCGCUUCAUAGAAAAUAGGAUUUUGAGUGAUUCAUUCUCAAAAGUUUGAAGAUAUUUUCUACAUUUACGAAAAAAACUCACAAGCUAAUUAAUUUUACCGUUUGGUCCGGCUUUUAGAAGUGUUUAUCGAUUUCAAAAGUUGAAGCAGGGUCAAACAACUCUACGAUUUUUAAAAAGCUGAAAAACACUUUCGUAUAACAUAAAAGCGGGCAAAGAUCAGAUGACUAGGGUGGUCCCUUAGUCAUGUGACUAAGUGAAUCUCCACUCUUCAAUCUCAUUUAAAUCUAAUGGCUCAUAUUAAUAUCAUUUAAUGAAUGAUAAGAUGAUAAUUAUAGAUUAUUUAUUUCACAAUUAACAUAAAAAAGUGGGUUGAACACGCUCAUGCGGUCCCUUCCACUCUACCGCCGGCGCCCUGUUUCCGGAAAUUCACGAUGACUGCUUGGAAAUUCUUCCAAUGACAUUUUCCCCCCUCUCGGCGGUCCCUUUCCGGGAACAACUGCCCUCCGCCGUGGGGAUUCAGGGAUAUAUAUAUAUAUAUAUAUAUAGAGAGAGAGAGAGAGAGUUUUUGUCGGUGUCGGAUAGGACUUUUUGAUGAUUAGGGAUUCUCCGGACAACAGUGUGUCAGUUUGUUAUGUUUAUCGGACUAUUUUAUAAUUUUGUUUUAAUUCAGUUUGUAUCGUUUAUUAUUCUAGUUUGUUAUUUUUAUCUGUUAUGUUUGUAAUGUUUAUAUGACUAAUUUGUAUAUAUUGUAAUUUGUAAUGUUUAUUUGUCUAUUUUCUAUACUUUGUAUUUAUUGAUUUGUAAUACAAGUUUAUCGAUGUGUAUUAUAAGUAGUGGUAUUUUGUACGGUUAGUAUGGUUUGUACUGUUUGUUGGUUUCUUUUAUAAUGUUUGUAAGCUUUGUUAUUUUUGUAAUAUUUAUUGGUUUCUUUUGUAAUGUGUGUAAGCUUUGUUAUUUUUGUCCACCGUGUUUGUCAUUUUGUCAACCAUGUUUGUCAUGUUUGUAUACUUAAUUCUAAUUUGUAUGAUUUUGUAUUAUCGGUUUGUAUUGUAAGUAGUUGUAAUUUGUACAGUUAGUAUGCUUUGCAUACAAUGUUAAUAUUAUUUGUAUACUUUUAUGAUGUGGUUUGUAUACUUUGUAAUAUCCAUUUGUAUACUUUUAUGAUGAGGUCUAUACCAUUUGUAAUAUUUAGUAGUGAUAUUUUAUGUUUUUAGUAAUCUUUGUAAAUAAUGUUAACUUGAUUUGUAUACUUAUAUCAAGUGAUUCUAAUACAUUUUAAUAUUGCUU